CUCCUCCCGCCUCCUCCUCUCACCAGCGAGAGAGAAAGGAGAUCAGUAGGAGAAGCAGACGGAUUAUCAACUAGGACUGAGCCCAUGGGACAAGAUAAAAUGAAAAAUAAGCUGGGAUUGACUGCAGCAAAGUGAGGAAAAUACACUUGUUUGCUGACCAACACUGAAUGGACAACAGAUGCCAAAACCAGUGAAGAAGAAACAGGGAAAGGAAAGUGAUUCAGGAAGAGGCAUCAGGAGCGUGCGAGCAGAGAGGAGCCAACGCUUGAGUCUGGAAACAGGUGGAGACGUUACAGAGAGACAACGGCUCCAAGCAUCACCGCUACCAUGUACAACGGAUAUGGAGGGAGUCCUUCACGAACUCUGUCCACCAUGUCUCUGUCCGUUCGUCCAGUCAGAAGGAUCAUUUCCAGGUCCAUCACUAGGAGCCAGAGCUUCACUGGAGUUAACACCCAGGACAGGCCUUACAGGACCCUCUCAGUGUUCAGCACUCCUGGUAUCAGCAGAAAGUCCAGCCGAGCCAGUGGGCUUUUCAGCAUGUCCACCAAACCAAACCCACCGCCGAAAGUUCCCCAACCAGAGCGGCUGGAUGAAGUCUACAGCGCCGUGAAGAAAGGCCUCCAGUCUUACCUCCAGCUCUACCAAAUGGAUCUGGAGAACAUCAGCAGGCAGAUUAAAGUCUCUAAAAGAAACUCCCGGCUGGGUUUCCUCUACGAAUUAGAUAAGCAAGUGAAGGUGAUCGAGCGGUACAUCACCAGACUGGAGUUUCAUCUCAGCAAGGUUGAGGAGUUUUAUGAAGCCUACUGCCUUCAGAGGAAACUGAGAGACGGAGCCCACAAGAUGGUGAAAGCUUACACGGCCAACCCAGGAAGCAGGGAGGCCAAGGAGAGUCUGGGAGAGGCCACUAAAGGAUACAAGGAAUGCACAGAGAACAUGUGUGUGAUGGAGAAUGACUUUGAGAACCAGCUCGGAGAAUUCCACAUCAGGAUGAAAGGUCUUGCAGGAUUUGCCAGACUGUGUGCAGGAGAUCAGUAUGAGAUUUUUAUGAAAUAUGGCCGACAGCGCUGGAAACUGCGAGGAAGGAUAGAAAUCAAUGCCAAACAAGUGUGGGACAACGAGGAGAUGGUGUUCGUCCCCCUCAUUAACGAGUUCCUCUCUGUGAAGGUGACUGAACUGAAGAGCUUAGCCAAUCACGUGGUUGUAGGGAAUGUUUCCUGUGAGAUGAAGGACCUGUUUGCUCCACUCACCCAGGUGGUAGCUGUGGACAUUAAUGAUCUCGGCACUCUUAAACUUAGCCUUGAAGUCACAUGGAAUCCCUUUGAUAAAGACGAUAUUGUUGUAAACAAAACACCAAGUAUUGCGUCGCACAUGGGCAGAACACCAGGGACGCCGUCCAAACGCAUUCAACCCUUUCCUUCCCAGCCACAGUGUCCAACCCGGCAGCAGCAGCAGCAGCAGCACUGGCCUCUCAUGGACAUCUUCAGAGGAAAACUUAACCAGAGCUGCCCCUGUCGGGACCACUCCCCAGAAACACUCAGUGCAAUCUCUGACCGCAGCCAUGAUGACGAGGAGAGGGAACCUCCCUGGUCUAGCUCCACAGACUCUUCCGAUGACUCCUACGGCCGUCGGUCGUCCGCGCCACGGGAACCUGUUUCUCCGCCUCACAUGGACGGCUCUGGGAGCUCCACCAUUGGACCCUUAUCUUUUUCUUCUCCACAGCCUAAACCUCGCUCCCAACCUGCUUCAUCCUCCAUUCCUAACGGUAGUCCUGCUUUAGAGACUUGCAGGGUCCAAGUCUCACAUCCAGCCGAGAGCUCCAGGAACAAUGAGGAGGAACAAUUAGGGCUGCACCAUAAUGAGGAGCUGGAUUCAGUGGGAACCAUCAGCCCCAUCUCAGACCAUGGACAGCCUUACGGUCGCUCUCUGAGUCACAUUAGCGAGAGUAGCACCGAUGGAUUUGUGGCUUCAUCAGUCGGCGACUCUGCAGAUAAAACCUCUCAGGUCUCUGGUAUCUCCAUCAGUGACAUAGAGGUUCCCAGCAGAGCGUCUGAGACAGAGAAUCCUACUCUCACACGCCCUGAGAUGUCACCCAGCGUCUCCUUGGUGGAGAGAAGCCCAGCAGCCAGUCCUAGUGCAGAGCUACUCGUUUAUCCAUACGACGAUUCCUUCUCGUCCCAGACUGAGAGAGAUGAACAGGAUUCUCUGUUUGAGCCAAAGACGAUAUACGAGGACUUGGAGGACUCCCUUACAGACACAGGCAGCAGAAAUGGGACCUACAGAGCCCAGAAGGUGCUGGUUGAAAGUGUGGGACAAGGACCUCUUGGUGUGGUCGACAGCGAGCUGGAAGACUCUCUGGAAAUUCUGCUUACAACUCUGGAUGAUUAUAGAGGACAGUUUCCUGAGCUGCAAGGUCUGGAAGACAACCUGAGGCUGCUGCAGGUAACCCUGAAGGGGGGCAGUCGCAGCCGCAGAGCCAGCUUGGUCAGCUUCUCAGUGGAAUCGGCUUUGGGCAGUUUUGACUUUUUGUCUGACUGUGAGGAUGAGGACGAGAGGAAGAGCAACGUCAAGAAGACAAAUGGCAGCAGGCAACGGCAGCAUGACGGCUGGGACAGCCCUCCCUUCCUCCACUCGCCACUCACCACCAGCUGUGCUGCUCUAGACUCCUCCCUGGUGCUCCAUCUGAAGAACUGCACCACACAGCUCCUGCGUCUUGGCAUGUUUGGUCCCCUGCGCUGUGGAGAGAUGUAUGCCUUGGACAAGCUCCUGAGAGAGACUCGAGUCUUUGAAAUCAUCCGUGGCAUCGUCAGGGAGGACCCCAACCGGCCCAGGCAGCCUGCAGAAGUGAUCCCAGAGCUGGGCCAGUGCUUUGGAGCCUUGGGUCUCUGGGAGCGGUGUGCAGACCAAGGCACUGUGUACUGCGUCUCUGUUGACAACCUUCUCUCUACGCUGUCUUCUUCGUACUCCAGCGUGCUACAUGACCGGGCUGAUGCAGUGAUUUGGUGCCUGGUGGAGCGGAUUUUGGACCAGAGGUUACCGAGACGAAGCCCCAGGGAUGGGCAGAUUGUGACAGUAUUUCAGCUGUGGAGUUAUUUGGAGUCCAACGGCAUCAAUGACAUGGAGAUGCACAUCUCCGAGCUGGCAGAAGAGGUGAUGCUUUUGCAGAACCUCCGGUCCGCAGACUUAGAUGUGAUCGUUAAUACUCUGCGACGGCCUCCUGAGUGCAGUCUGAGGAGAGAAGUACUUCAUGCUGUCGCCAAACUUCUGAAAGACCCAAGAGGAAAAGUGUCAACAUCUGCCAGCUCCGUACUGAGAGGCCUGGCUGCUCAACCCAGACAGAGGCAACAGGCGCUGGUUCACUGUUUGGAGCUGCUGGAAGAUGAAGACUUGGACUCCAGAGUCUGUGGCUGCAAAGCUUUGGCUUGUCUAAAGGCCAAAGAAAGCAUCGAACAACUGGUGUACGUCUGUCAAACAGACAAGGAGGACGUCCGAGACGCCGCCAAACAAGCUCUGCUGACGUUGGGUGAGGAAGGAAAGAUGGCCUACAGACACGUGGAGAUCUCUCAGGACGGCUUGCCCAGACUCUUUGCUCCGGGAAGCAUGGCCAGCACCGCCUUCUAACAGCCAGCAGCACAUUCAGAGGAUGAGGAGGAACAGGAAUCCACUAAUCUUCCUUUGACACUGAUAGGAAGUCGUCACAAACACUGAAUUUGAUCCAAGAUAUUAAGUGAAACCCUAAAAAUUAAAUGAAGUCUUUUUCAGAUUA